CAUGGGUGUGUUCUCAUCGCUGGUUCCCGCGAUAUAAUUGAUAAAAGUAACUAGUGGCAGUGCACCAUCGAUCGCACUGCAUCUCACACAUGUACCGCACGAUUCAUUGAGCUGGAAUCUUCUGGAAUUCAAGUUUUCGUCUGAAAUUUAAGUUGUCUGCCAGUAACGCCGCCAGCGCAAGAACAACAUGGGUAUGGUGGACCCAGAGUUCCGUGGAGCCGGCCAGAAGGAGGGGCUCAAGAUCUGGCGAAUUGAGAAGAUGGCCGUGGCCAAGAUCCCGGAGAAGGAUUAUGGGUAUUUCUUCAUGGGGGACUCCUACAUCGUCCUGCAUACAAGGUCUUCAGGCAACAGCUUUGUAUGGAACAUCCAUUUCUGGCUUGGAAAAGAAACAUCUCAGGAUGAGGCGGGUGUGGCAGCAUACAAGACCACAGAGUUGGAUGACCAUCUGGGCGGGUCCCCCACCCAGCAUCGGGAGGUGCAAGAAUCCGAGUCCAAACUCUUCUCGUCUUACUUCAAGCAGAUCAUCUACCAGAAGGGUGGCAUUGCCUCCGGCUUCAGACAUGUGGAGAGGAACAAGCAUGACCCCAAACUGUCAAAGGUCAAAGGCAAGCGCAACGUCAGGGUCAUCCCGGUUGACAUGACAUGGGAUUCCUUCAACAACGGCGAUGUGUUUAUCCUGGAGCUGAACCCGAAGAUCUACGUGUGGUAUGGGUCCAAGGCUAACCGGCAGGAGAAAUUGAAGGGAGGACAGUAUGCCAAGAUGGCCAGGGAUGACAUGCACAGUGGCAAGGCCCACAUCGUGUACCUUGAGGAAGGUGAAACACUGCCUGAGGACAUCACUAAGGCCUUGGGAUCUCCCCCGAAAACCUUCAAGAACUCACCGGAGGAAGACGAAACCUUUUCCAGGAAAAAUGUCUCCAACACCAAGCUGUACCAUGUUACUGAUGAGUCGGGUGCUCUGGUUGUCACAGAGAAAGCAGUUUGCCCUCUGACCCAGGAUCUGCUGGACUCCAAUGACUGCUACAUCAUCGAUCAAAGCAGCGCCGGCAUUUACGUGUGGAAAGGCAAAUCAGCCACUCAACAGGAGAAAGUCAGGGCCAUGAAGAAUGCCGAGGGGUUCAUAAAAGCCAAGCAAUACCCCAAGGGUACCAAGAUCACUGCCGUCAAUGACGGCGGGGAGCCGACCGCCUUCAAGUACAUCUUCAAGAACUGGCGGGAUAAGAACGCAUCCAAGGUCGGGGAGGUCAAAUCGCCCAGGGGCAACAUUGCCAAGAUUGACUACAAGAAAUUUGACGCCACCACCCUGCACAAAAAGAGUACCUGUGACUUUGAGGCAGACCCAUCCCUGGCUGCGGCACAUGGUAUGCCUGAUGAUGGAACCGGUGCUGUCAAGAUUUGGCGUAUUGAGGAUUUUGAAAUGGUGGAGUUGGAAGCCAGCCUGUAUGGUCAGUUCUUUGGUGGGGAUAGCUACGUGAUCCUGUACACGUAUAAGGUCCGUGGCAGAGAGCAGUAUAUCAUCUUCUUCUGGCAGGGCCAAGAGUCGUCUCAAGAUGAGAAGGCGUCGUCGGCCAUCCACGCCCAGAAGCUGGAUGACUCUAUGGGCGGGGCCCCGGUCCAGGUGCGUGUGGUGCAGAACAAGGAGCCUCGGCACUUCCAGAUGAUCUUCAAGGGCAAGAUGAUCAUCCACUUGGGAGGCAAGGCCAGCGGUUUCAAGAAUCGUCAAGAGCAAGACAAGGCAGAGGCCACGGCAAGACUGUACCAAGUCAGAGGGACAAAUGAGCUCAACACUAAGGCCAUCGAGGUUCCAGCCAGAGCAAGUUCUCUCAACUCCAACGAUGUGUUUAUUCUCAAGAUGCCCAAUGAGACCUAUCUGUGGUGUGGUAAGGGAGGCAGUGGUGAUGAACGAGAACUAGCCAAGGCAGUGGCCAAGACACUAGCUGGCAGGGCGUCAGAUUACACCAUGGUGCCAGAGGGACAGGAACCCACAGCUGUCUGGAGUGCAUUGGGAGGCAAGGCGGCUUAUGCAAACACCAAGGCCUUUGAGAGUGAAGCGCCUGACUUCCCCCCUCGCCUGUUCCAAUGCUCCAAUGCCGCUGGUAACUUCAAGGUGGAGGAGAUUAACGAGUUCACACAGGAAGACAUGGUUCAAGAUGACGUCAUGUUGCUGGAUGCCUAUCACACGGUGUUUGUGUGGAUUGGGUCUGGUGCCAAUGAGGUGGAGAAGAAAGAAGCCAUCAAGAUUGCACAGGAAUACAUUUUGUCGGAUCCUAGUGGCCGAGACGUGGAUGCUACAUCGUUGAUUAAGAUCCAGGAAGGCAACGAGCCGUUGCAUUUCACUGGUCACUUCCAUGCCUGGAACCCCAACUACUUCAAGGAGCUGCCUAACUUGGACGACAUGAAGGCGCAGGCUAAGAAGGAAAACGAGAAGAUUGCUAUCGCGUCGGCUCCCGUCAUGGUGAGAAUUGAUGAGAUCCCUAAGAAGGAUGAUGGUGAAGACUUCAACUCCCUUCCCAAGUACCCACUGGAGAAGCUGCAAGCUCAAGAGCUUCCUGACGGUGUGGACUCCAGCAAGAAGGAGUAUUAUUUAUCCGCUGCUGACUUUGAGAAAGUCUUUAAGAUGAAGUUUGAAGCUUACGUCAAGUUACCAGCAUGGAAAAGAACCAACUUGCGAAAGGGAAACAAGCUUUUCUAGACAUUUUUUUCGAGCUGUCAAGAAAAAAGGUUAGGUUGUAAUUAAAACUUCUCAAAACCGAUGUAUUAUUUCUGACGCUGUAGUUUUAGAGAAUAUUAAAUUCAACCGAAUGUUUGGAGAAAAAGCUGCAAUUGUUUUUGGUUUCCUCAAGGGAAGACUGCUCAUUAUAGAUAAUUUAUAAACAAGUCUAUUGCAUAUUGAUUUCGUAAUUUUAAGAUUUGUUAAUACAGAGUUUUUGUUUCCUGGAAUAUUAGUUUGUGUGUUAAUAAGAGGUGUCAGAGUAUUUUGAAUUCUUGAAUUGAAAAAUUAAACAAAUAUAGCCUUAUUGAUAACUACUGUUUCGUAAGGAUGAACGUUUGAAUGCACGGCUGCAGAAGUUUUUUCAGUUAAUUUUUUUUUAUUGGUAAAAAUACAUGCUUUUUGGUACUGAAUAUUGUCAUUUUCUAAAAUUUCAUGCAUGUCUAAUCAAAUGCACCUUUAUUUUCCUGAGAUCCGACUCACAAUUUUGAAAAUGGAAAUAUUCAAAAAGCAAUGGGAAUUUGUGCCCAUUAUAUUUUUUUGUCAUAGGUUUUUUUGGGGGGUAGUGUGUGGUGGAAAUUACAGUAAAUAUAAGUGCAUGACAUACAAAUUUUAGUUGAACUUAGAAAAUCGCUCAGGUUUCAAAAUAGGAAAUGUUAGAUAUAGAGGCAGGAAAAUAGAAGAGUGACGGUUGUGGUCUAGAAUUGAAUGGUAAGUUUAACGUUAAGAAAAGAGACUGAUUAUUUGCAUGUUACAUUUUUGCGAAGCGUUUGGCUAACUGCAGGCUUAAACUUUGUGUCUUAAGUCUGAUGCCUGUACACACGGUGGUCAAUAUUCAAAGGUCGAGUCAAGAGACCUGACUGACUGGCUGGCAUUGUUUUGAUAAGGCUGAUUUUAUUAUUGUAUGUUUAAUGAGUUGUAUCACAAGAGGGCGGUGUUUAUAUUCAGCAGUCUCACGUAAAGGCAAAGAGUUAUCUUGUAGGUUGAGCUGACAGAUUAGCUGAUUUCUCAGCAGAUUUUUGGAGUAUCUUUGUCCCUUUCUGGGAGUCCAGAAACAUUUGAGUGUGCCUGUACUUCAGUUUGUGCUUUCUGAAAAAUUCCUUUCCCUGCUAAUAUUUUUUUUUAAAUACGCUCUAAAGCUUGUAUCAAGGAUGUGACGAAAAAUUGGGAAACUUGAUUGUUUUCCCAGCUGUCUUUCACAGCGUCACAGCCCUAGUGUCUUUCUCACCGAUCCAUUCCCUGAUGAGUCCGAUUCUGUCUGUUGGUCUGUCCAUCUAACCAUCCGUCAGGAGUCGGAUAUUUCAACCUUUUCUCCACUCCCUGUACUGUUGUGUGACCCCGUGUAUCUCGCGCUGCUUGUUGAUUCAUGUUCCCUUCCUCUCAUUUUCAAAACAGCUCGUUUUGGGACUUGUACCCAAAAUCCAAAAGUCCAUUUUUAUUACUCGUCUGUAGCUGCCGUUUCAUCUUUCUACUUUGGAUGAUUCAAGCAAUCCAGUAAUUAUAUAAGUUGGAUGAUUCAAGCAAUCCAGUAAUUAUAUAAGUUGGAUGAUUCAAGCAAUCCAAUAAUUAUAUAAGUUGUGCUGAGAUACUUUGAACACUAAGCUUUACAUUGAAGGCUUAAGGUGGACACGGGACAAGGAAGGUUUGAUGAGGGCCUAUAGAUCCUCCACCACUUGUGACAUGUUUAGAAAAAAUGCUAACGUUGUCCAAGAAAUGUUUUGAACGUCGGAACACUUGGCCCUUCUAAACAUUGGCUCACUCUCAGAAAUGAUUCACACUGAAGAUCACCUUAAAGGCACGUUUCUCAAAUUCUAAACUGCCUUUACGCAUUUGACUGGAAAAGUCUUGUAAAAAUUAAGCCUUUUAAAAAAAUUCCCAUACUAAAUGUUCUAUUUUGUUGGCUGCAUUUGGCCAAAAAAAAAAAACAUGCUUGAGAAUUUGAGGACUGUAUCAUGUGUGGUGAGUAAUGGAGUGCCUUUUUCUAUAAUAAUGAAACAAUCUUGUAAGAUUUCAUCCGUGCAUGGUGGCUGUUUUUAAAGUACACUGUACGCAAAAAAUGCAUUGCGUUAAAAAAAAGGGACAAUCUUGUUAGCCUUGUGUUCUUAGGAUUCUUACUUUUGAAAUAGUAGUCUAGAAUAUAUGGUUUCUUUAAUCAAAUAUUGUUUCAUAGAUGAAAUAUAAUAUCAGUAUAAUCUAUAGUGGCUUAUUUAAAAAGAAAAAAAUAGAAGUAGAUUUGGAAUUGCUAAUAUAAAUAUGCCGACAGAGGAACUAUUUUUAGCAUUUAAUGGAUACAGUGACUUGAUAUCACAGAUUUUGCAGAAAUUGAAGUUUACAAAAAGUGCCAGAUUUUUAAUGAAUAAAAGGACAAUUCUAUAAGCUGCCUUAGCAGUGCUUUAUUUACAUGUACCAUAGAAAAUGAUAGUCUUUUAACAUUUACGCAGAUCUUUAUGAUUGAUUAGAUUUUGGCUGUGAUUGAUUGAUUAGAUUUUUUGAUUGAUAUUUUUGGCUAGGGAAUCAUUGUUUUAAAUAUUCACUUGUAAUUGAAAUCUACGACACAAAAAUUUGAUUUUUUGUUUUUUAAGUCUGUACUUAAGCAUCUGAUGUUGUGAAUUCUUAUUUUACAUCUGUUUUCAUCAAUUCCUGCCUAAGGUGUCAUUUCAAAUAACAAAAUGACAUUUUUCCCCCCGAUUUCUGCUAUUUUUGUCUAAUGGACAAAGAAAGGCUACACAUUUGGAAAUCACAAAGCAUAUUUUGUUGAAUUUCCUUCCAUUCAGUCAAUGAAAAACAGGUCAAGAGAAUCGUUUCUAUUUUGCAUCCAAUCUAUUUUGAUUGCUGUUGCAUGCCAAAGUCAGGAACGAAACAAGAUUUGAAUUGCUUUGUGAAAAAAACUAUUAAAUAUCUUUCACAUCUUUCACUUUUUCAUUUUAGUUUUGUGAUUGUUCAUGUUGCCAUAGUAACCAUUUUGUUUUAUUUGAAAAGUGUGGAUUAGUUUUUGUUUGUAUAUUUUGUGAGUUGUUUUUUUUAAUUUGUAAUUAUUAUUUGAGUUGUAGUUGCACCAAAUACCGAGGCAAGGUAACUCUCGAUUUGACAAAAAAAACCGAUUUGGUCAUGCCAACUGUCAUUUUUCAUGACGAGAGUUAGCAUUUUCAUUUGUCCCAUAAUUUUUUUGGAGUCAUUAUAAACCACACAUUUCCACAAUUUUAUACAAUUUCAUUUUUCGGAUGCGAAUUCAGUCAUUGUGGAUACUGAUUAUCUAUUUCAUAUUUCAGUUAUGCCAUUUUCUUAAAAAUUGUAAUAAAAAUAUUAAAGUGAACCCCGUUUGCUAUUUCCCAGGUUUGCAACGUUGCUGAUGUUGCUUGCAUCGUGACUUUGGGCGCGAUCCCUGGCUACAUGGCAUAUGUAGGGGUUUAUGGCUUCCGACUAGUGCCCUUUGAAUAAAGAUAUUGACAAAAUGGGGAACCGACAAAAUGGGGAACCGCCAACAUAGGGCUGGAUAGCUCACUUGGUAGAGCACUAUAACGAUAUUCCUGAGGUCCUAGGUUCAGACCCCGCUACAGUCAAUUUCUUUAUUCAACUUUUGAUUAAUUUUUAUUGCACUCAGAUGGAAUGAAUUGGGUAAACAAGUAACAAUUUAUUGUGUAGUUUGAUAAAUUCAGAUUGUAUUUCUGCAAAAUGCAAAACUUUUGCACAACAACUCUUCAAUCGUGCCUUGUUCAUAUCACAUUCCUGCCUUUGGUAGUGUUUUUCUUUUUAACCCUAAAAAUUUAAAUCUGGUUUUAGGAUAUUUUACAUUUUACAGAAAUUGUAUCCAAUGGCAUGCAUUGUUAACCAUGGAGCAAGUUCGGGCGAGGACCAUUAUUAGUCGACUAAUGGUUGAUAUGUGACGAAACUCACGCCUGCGCACUAAUAGCAAUGCGCAAACGCCUUCAGUCAAACGAUGGUCAGAACGUCAUCUCGAAACUUUUGAAUCCUGGCUCCCCUGUGCUUCAUAGGCGAACCAUCCUUCCUUGAAGCUAAGUUUAAUAGUCAAACUGUGGUCAGCUAUAUAGUAAACGCCCGAACUUGCUGUAUUUUUUGGCCCAAACUGAAUAACACUAACUCUUGAUGUUAGAAAUGGUAGUUCAAAUUGUAUUUCCUUAGUGUUUACAACAGACAUACAGGGCCUAGGGGAAAUUAUGGUAGUGCUUUGCAUGCGUUUGGUCGAGUAGAAACAGAUUGUAAUAGUUUUGUGCCUUGAGACAGAAAUAAAGUUUGAAAUAUAAACGAUUAUAAAUGAA